AUGGUUAAAAACGCGCCUAAGAAAGAGGAGAACCCUUAUCCUCCGUGGUUCUUUCGCGUCCUUGGUCCUUGUGUCCUUAGCGACCGUUCACCCUCUGGCUACGAAUUUGAUGAAGACCUUUCUGAUUUAGCGUCAGAGCGAACAGCGGGCGAAGAAGAGCAGCCAACGAAGAAAAGAAGGAAACUUGAGGAUAGCGACAAGGAAAGCGACGAAGACGAAGACAAAGAAGACGACGAAGAGGAAGACGAUGACAAAGACGACAGUACAUCUGAGAGGUCACAUGCUGAUUCUUUGGCCGACGUUUACUAUGAAUUCAAAGAAAUACGCGAAGAACGAAAAAGGGAGCUUGAACGGGAACGACAAGAUAUACUCUUCAUGAUUCAGUCCGAAAGUGAAAUAGAAAGCCAGGUCAACCAGGCAUACCGUUCUUUCAUUGACGCCCCAAAGGAGGAUAAACUGACCUCCAUGCUAUCCCUUCAUGCCACCACUUAUAUCAUUCAUUGCCGAGAUCAACCUAAGUAUUUCUACAAUGGAUUGGGACCAGGAUAUGUUGAAUUUUACCACCUAUCAGUGGAGGAUAACUUUGGUUCCAAUCCACCCCCGGAUUUUGACCCGAAGAGGAUGCACGGACAUAUCUAUAUCAACGCAAGCAACGGCGUCCAGUUUGAACCGUUUGAUCCACCCGAGGAAUUCAGUGGGUCGGAUUUCAUAAUAUCACCUGUCCCGAGUGGCCCGCAUGAUGUGCGAAUCAAGUUCUUCAGCAGGGAUUGCAUCAAGAUGAGUCUCCCUAAAGAGCUGACAUUUGAGAACAAGGAGCCGCCUGCCGAUGCUCCUGAUCUUUUUGAGUACGUGGGUGUUCGACGCGAUUGGGAAAAGUGGAAGGCAGAAAGAAAAAGAAUGUGGGAAGAAGCGGAGAAAAACCGGCCCCCUUCACCUCGCGACAGUUGGUUUGAGAGAACCCAUCCGGUGGGGUACUGGAAUCAAGGACAGUGGUAA